AUCUUGGGUUGCUUCUGCUACUUGUAAGUGACAUUUAGUGCAUUGGAUUUUGGCUUGCGUGAAUGUUGUAACUGCCGUUAUAGAAAGUGGAAUGAUUGCCCUUGUUGUUAGGCACUCCCUGUGCAAGGCGUGUGCAGUGCCUCUUGAUCACAAUACCAAGUAUUGCAGGGUUGGAUGCCAUCAGAGCACAGGCUCUGUUCUCUAGGCCGAGGUGGCGCUUGGGGCAGAUUGCUCCCUCUCUAUUGCGACUCAUCCGACAGAGUUUGCUGCAUUGUCCUAAGUCCGAUUGAUCUUCCCACAACCGUCAGCGCACACUAGAUGACAGAUAUAGUUGGUAUCAACUCAACUUUGUUUGUAUUUCUGCAAGCGCUGGUGUCUUCCACACUUGUGAGGUGGUUACCAGUAGCAUGUGUUUCUGGAAGUCCUGUCUGUUCAACGAGGCAGACAAUAUGUCACUCAAGGCAAUUUACAAUCUACACAAACUCCCCUCAUACUAUCUAUCGCCAUGGUGUUAUGAAUGCUGGCCCAAUGGAUGCCUUGCCCCCGCUGUGAUACAACGGGCCAUUCAUAGUCGCGAACAUAGUUCCGACUGAUACCCUAGCAUGGACGUCCGCUGAAAUGUUACAAUCUGUAUCAAAAUAUACGCAAGCCGAACUCCUGUCAAAGACUGUACCUAAAAAUUGCUUCGCAGCUCACUUGGCGGGCUUUUCUG